GGACGACUCUCGUUGUUAAGACUGGGACUAGACCAUCUCCUCAUUAUAUACAGUAUAUCUGGCUUCAGUUCGAAAAUUCCCGCCCUCAGCUUUACUUCCUGAAACAUAAUCCUUUGGUCACAAUGUAGUCAAGGAAGUUGCCUAGUAGCUAGCUACAGCCACAGCACUAGCGAAGCAAUAAACUAACGCAAUCAUUCCUCUAGAUUUCAAUACAUAAAGAGACCAUGGUUGAGAAAGAGAGGGGAGACAACUCACCGAAAUUUGAUUCUGAAUCAGAGGACUGUCACUGGGUGGAGACACUGUUUCCUCCUCACUUCUCCCUGUUGACUCUGGUGGGGGAGAACAAUAUCUGUGUGUCCGGGAAGGCUGGAGCCGUCAAGGUAACAGAGCCAUCAUCAUCAUUAUCCUCUCAGAGGAGACUCCGUAGGCAGGACAUCUACAAGACUACUCUACAGAUAGUACAACACAAAGAGGCGCAGAGGAGAAAGGAAGCGCCAUUCCAGAAGAUCAUCAAGGACAACUUGCAGAAGGAGAUAGGGGAGUUGAGGUCUGAGCAUGAGGGCCACAGGAAUCAAGGGGGAGACCGUGGCUGGGACGGAGAGGUGGAGAGAAGUAGGUGUAUCUGGAACAUCCAGGACAUUGGGGUCCUGCGGAAGGCUAUCCAUGAGGUGGAGGAGGACAGAUGCAGGAUGAGGGCUAAGCUGAGUGAAGCAAUGGCGGAGGCCCAGAUGCAGGGGAAGGAGAGGAAGUGUCUGCAGGGUCUGCUGGAGGAGCGGGAGGAGCAGCUGGGCCUGGCCAGGCAGGAGGCUGCACGGAGGGCCCUGCAUGUGGACGCACUGCAGGCAGAGGGACACAAGAUGGCUGUCCAGCUUCAGGCACAAGCAACCCAGGCCAAAGACAUCACGGAGGAGAAGAUGAGGCUGCGUGAGAAACUGAAAAAAGUGUCAAAAGAAGUGCAGGAAGUCAGGAGGGAGAAUGAGACCUUGGCGUUGGAUAUCGAGAGGCUUGGAAAGCAGCUGACGAUUGAGGUACAGAGGCAGGAGGAGGUCUCGCGGUUGGAGCAUGAUAUAGCUCUACAGAGGCUGCAGAGAGACCUGGAGGAGACCAAGACUCAGCUGAAGCUGGAGAAGGAGAGCCACACACGCAGCUACACUGCCUUGGAAUUCCUGCGCAGGCACUUCAAUAACCCAUCACAGGGCACAACACAUACACUGACAGAGAAGAUUGCACACAUUUAGCAAAGAGUUGCUAGACACUUUUUUGUCCCGUUUUUAACAAACUCACAAAAACAUUCUGCAAAAAUGCUGUUUGUAGCCUCUCCAAUGACAUAUUGGUGGAAAUACUGUAUGCUGGAUUGUCCUUACUGUAAUAAAAAACAAAAACAAUGUGGUGUCUUAAAAUUUUAUUUGUAUAUAUGCUUCCACACUUUCACCUUUUAAAAUAAAGCUAUGUACACAUUUAAUCCUCUCCCACAGUAAAUAAAGAAAAUAAUCAGAAACACAAAGCCUAUGGGAAAAUAGGAAGGCAACAGAGUGAAAAAGUAAAGCACA